UGUUCUUUUCAGCCAAAUUUAGAAGAUGACCUAGAUAAUUUGUGUCAGUUUGUUAAACAUCAAAUUAGAAAACAAACAAUGGAAAAAUAUAGAUUGGAAAAUGAACAUCCUCCUCCUGUACCUUAUCUCUAUCAAACACCAAAGAAACAUGAGAUUGAUCUCAGGUUAUUUAAUAAAGAUGUAAUUAGGAAAGUUUUACCAAUUAUAGCUGGAAUAUUAGAAAAAGAAUCAAGAGGAUGGUUCCUACCUUUCAGGGAGAAAAUAAUUGCUGAAUUAAAGAGUAAAAAAAUUCCAGACGAAGAUAUAGAAAGGCAAGCCAAUAUCGUGGUUUUAGAUGAAUAUAUUCAGAGAGUUUUUACCUCAAUUUCUGAACAUCCUGAUAUUAAAGUGUUUGGAUCAGGAAUAGGUCUGUUGUUAGUUGAACAAGCACAGUCAGUAAUUUUAAUGCAUAGAGCUGUAGAUAAUGUACAGAGAAGACUAUCUCAGAGAUUUGCUCAGUUACGUAAGACGUUAGAAGAAACUCAUCCAGUAUUAUCAUUGAUAGAUCCCUGGAUGAGAGAAAAGUUUUAUUCAGCAGAAAUGAAGUUUAUUAUGGAUCAUGCAUGGGAUGCUCACGAAGAAGCUCUAGCAUUGUGUCGGGAACAUAAUCUUAAUCAAACGGUGUAUUUUUUGCAGAGAGAUUUAGCAUUUAUGAGAGAGAGAGAACCUAUUUUGAAACAAGAGUUAAGCCGAGUACGAAAUCCUACUAGGAUUUUUUAUUGGAGAACUCAGAUUUGGUGUCCACAUCAUUGGCGUGUAAGAAAAGUAUUUCAAGGACAGAACGAAAUUGUUGCCACGGUUAUAAAUCGCACUUCUUCUUCUCUUGCUCAACCACGGUCUGACCCUAAUCAGCCAGUAUAUUUAGUUGAAAAGCAGAAAACACGCACAACUACUACAAGAUGGCCCUUCUGGAGAUGGGUGAACUAUUGUUAUCGCACAUGGGCAUGGGCAUGGAAUGCCAUGUUUUUAUUUGGAGUUGUUAUACCUUGGUGCAGUCCCUUUAGUUUACGCGCUCUGUUUUCCAUUCGACCUUUUAUGCCUGAUUUGGAGCUUAACCAACUAGAUGGCACACUUUAUCCCAGAAAAUCAUCUCUAACACAUACACUAUGUUCGAGGCUCAUCGCACUGUGGAGGCAUAUAUCAAAAUCGAGAACCGAAUUUGAAUCUAGGCCAGAUACAGGAUUUAUAGGUAAAGGAUUUAGUCGUCAUUUAAAUCGCACAUGGAAUUAUGUGGUGAAGGGAGCUCUCGGAACGUUGUUGUUGUUGUUGGCGUUUCCAUCGGUCUGUUUGUUUUCAUCUGGACUUUCUUUAGUUAUCGCUGUUCUUGCACCUUUUUGGAUGCCUUUAUCGACGUUGCUUUUUCAUUUAUGUAUGAUGUUUGCCUAUGAUUUUGAUAGUCCUUCUCCUGCAAGAAAUAAGAAUUGUAUUGUAUUAGAAGCAUUAUUUUGGCAUAUAUUAAUUCAAGGGAUAUUGCAGCCAAUUUUAGCUCUUUUUAUUGCUUUUAUAAUAUGUCCUCUAGGAUCGUUUUUUGUAUUAAUCAUGGCCAUGUUAAGAUGUAGUUUACGUGUUACGUGGGACGGCCUCAUGUUCCAUUUGCUCAUCAAACAUCGAGGAAGAAUACCAGCUUGUGAUAGUUGGCUCGUUCGCAGAAUUUCAGGACCUGGACUUUCCGAUGGACAUUAUUUUAAGAUCAGACCAGAACAAGCUUUAGCAGCUUUUGAAGCCAAAUUGGAAACGGAAGAAUUAAACGCUUUUCGUGAAGAAGUGGAAAGAAUUAUAGUUCAACCACAAUAUGUUUAUAGUGAAUUUAUGCAGCAGUGUUUCCAACCAUUUUCUGGCACAUUAUGUAAAGAAGGAGUGUAUAGACAGUUAGAGAAAGAACAAGAAGAUUUAUUAGCUGCUCUUAAAGAUCAAGUUGACAGGAGAAAGAAAGAAUUGCAAACGGGACUGAAUGUUUCGACACGAUCAAAAAUUAAAUUAUGCAGCCAAGAUUUGCAUUUAACAGUUCGUCAGGCAGCUAUCAUGCUUGAAAAAUUUUAUCCUACUCAUGUUUUACGUCGAUUGCAAAUUUCAGAAACUCAGUUUUGGGAAUCCAAAGGAUUGUCUUACCAAGACUGGCCCAGUCUCGCCGCGCAGAUGUUAUCUGAACUAUUUUCUGCCGAAUUCUUGACGCCUUUGGAAGAGAAUAAUGUUUGGUAUGAACUGGGUGCUCAAGUGGAUAAUCUACACAGAUAUACUGAGAUGUUGCAGAACGCAUCCCUUCACACGGACAUUGAUGUUACCCGUGCGGUCCAUACACCUAAAGGAAAUAUCCACGUUCAUUCACCGUAUCUGGAUCUAUCGACCUUCAGUCCUCUCUGUAGCUAUAAUUCUGCCUCCCAUAAAAAAGAUAAACAAAAAUCUUGGUAUCCCUGGAAGAGAAAAAGACAUGAAUUUAAAGCUGAAAAGCUUAUUAUACCGCUUCCAAUCCCUCAUCCUAGCCACAUUGCAGUCAUAAUUUUUAAUAGAGAAAACGAAGAACCCAUUCCUUUAGAAAGCGAUAUUUGUUUCGAAAUUUUAAAGGCUGUUGGUGAUAAUUACAGGGGAUCGGCGGUCAUCGGUUACAACGCGGCAGGAACUCCUCCGGACGGACACAGCCUGACAUCAGAUGACUGUCCGGAGACUGGGACGGCUGGUUCUGAGGACUGUUUUAGUCACACCAGCCUGAGUCGCAGCCAAAGUCAGAGCCAGCAGAUGAGCGGCAGCAUUAUAGUGAACCUGGCGUCCUCAGAAGACAUCACCCUGGAACCGGAUGGUCAACGGGUAACGUACAGUCACAGUUCGUACAGCACGACAGUUUGACAAAACUUUUAAUUUUACGAACGUUGCAAUGAGUUAAUGGCUUAGAUAUAACAAAUUACUACAGUUUUGUCUCUGCCACAAUUUGUGCAAUUUAUCUUUCAAUAUUGGCCACCUUUCUGUCUAUUGUACGAUGAAAACAUUUUUCACCGGUGACAAGACGGCGGUCUAGAUACCAUGGAGACGGUCCAUGCAGAAAACUGCACCAAGGCCAAAAAUCUGCGGACAGCGUCUCGGAUAAAAAUUGAACAGAGGAUAACAGUCUUCUCCGACGAUGGUAGGAGAUGACAGCAAGAACCUGGUGUGAUAUACGAUGCAAUAUGCAUUUAUUUAAAACUGGAAAAACCUAUUUUAAUUCCUCCAAAAUUUGUUCCAAUAUUCCCUUAAAUUUAAACUUCCAUCAAACAUAUCUUUAACGAUUGCCUUCUUCAAAAAAAAUGGAAUAAAUGGGAAACAAAGAAAAGCAAUUAACUAUAGGAGAAUAUUCGUUGGCAAUAUAUUUUUAUUAGCAUUUAUUUGGUUAUGACGCUUUAAAAACUUUUAUUCUUCUAUAUUAUUUGUCUUGUCCAAAAAUUACACUUAAACGUAAGCGAUCUCGUUCGAACGAAAGGUACAUUCUAAUUAUCCGCCGGGCCUUCAAUCUCUUACAAAUUCAAACGUACAAUUCCAGAGUCCGGAUAGAAUUCGCUGAACUAGUUAAAGCUCGAUAGAAAAAGCUAGAAGCUAUGCGAUGUGAUUUUAAUUAUGCAAGAAAAAAACAUAAAUUAUAUAUGGCAUAAUUGCUUGACGUGCAAUGUUAAUUGCUGCAAGCUUGUUGCAGUUUGUAUAGCCUGUAAAAAUAUGUAAACAAUGCUUUUUAUUGUAAUCAUUGUGUUAAGAUGGUAGAUUUUUUAAAUAUUUUCCCCCCAUCCUAACCCAAUUUUUUGUAUAUUAUUUUAUAGUUUAUUUAAAUGUUAUGAUGUAACGACUGUUUUUAUCGAUUAUAUUAUUAAUUUUUAAAUAUUCGGUUCCAAUGGUGCUACCAAUACGUAUAAAUAACACGUCAUCACCAAGUAGAAUUUUCGCUUGACCGCCUCGCCCUCUGAAAUGCUUUGCAUCUCAUGUCGAGUGAAACCAUUUCUUCCUCGUGGCAAUCCAAAGCAUUUUAGAUUACACAUACAUUACCCCAAAAUUUCUUUAAACUUUAUAUGCUGUUUGUAUAUAUACUUAACUUUUAUUUGUGUUCCAAGUUACGUUGCCGCUGCCGAAACGAAUCUAAACACCGGACCAGUAGUAAAAACAUGAGAAGCGGGCACCGAGUAGUCAUAUCGAAUGUCAAAAACCAUUCAAAUGUACGUCUUUCAUAGAAACAAACAUGAAAAACGGCUUCUGUAUUUUUGUGAAAUGCUUCGUCAUAUUCGAAUUCAUAACCUCUUUUCUUUUGUGUUUAGUUGCAGAGCGGAAAUUUUUUAGCACUAGCAACAUCUUAUUUAUUGCCAAGAGAGUUUGUCUGUACAGUUUUGCUAGCCAAAGUAUAUUUUGCUAAAAGAAAAAAGGGAAAUGCUUACAGACGAGAUUACAUUUUUUGGGUCUUUCAGAAGUUUGGCUUCCUCUUGCAAUUGUAAAAGAUUGCUUGAUUUUCAGUAUAACCAAAACUGUGCCAAUAAUUUUCUACAGUAUUUCGAUGGAUUGAACUAUAUAUAUAUAAAAAUAUA